AUGCUAGGGUUUGAAACAGAAUUUAUUGAGACCACAGAUAAAUUAUCUGAAAAAUUGGUUAAAUUGCUAGUUGAAAAGAAGAAUUCUGAUGUAAUUGAAGAUGACAGAAGGAUUCAUGUACUGUCCAGAUCCCGUUCUAGAUUUGCUGCACCUGUAGCGAAAGAUGAAGUGUUAUCGAUGGAAUUUCAUCCAGCUGGUAGCUAUUUAGCCUAUAGUAGAAUUGACGGUUCUUUAACCGUAUGGAGUUUAGAAUAUGAGAGUUUUACUAAGUGCAAAAGAAUAUACUUGGAAGAUGCCUGUGGAGCAGAUAAAGCUAUUCACAGUAUCUCAUGGAAUCCGUAUCAUAUUGGACAAUUUGCUACUUCUUCAAAUUCUAAUUCUGUAAUAAUUUGGAACGUAGAUUUUAACAAUAAUCAUUUAUCUGUAGUGAAAAGGAUAAAUAUUGCUAAAAAAUUGAAAAUAUACAAUUGUCUUUAUGAUAAUUCUGGGAAAUAUUUAAUAACGGUGACUAAAAACGAAGAAUUGCAUUUAUUCGAUACAACUAAGGAAUAUUCAUUGAAGGCUGUAUUUAAACUUAAUAAUAAUUCAAAUGAGGAAGAUUUAAUCAAAUCAAUAUGCUGGAGUAAUUCUAGCUCACAUAUUUUUAUAGGUCUAGGAUCUGGUAAACUCAAAGUAUUAAAAGUGAAUGAAGAAGGACAGUUAAUUCCUCAGUUAGAAAUUCAGGCACACAGAACUUCGAUUUCUUGUCUAAAGAUGCAUAAAUCAGGAAAAUUCUUGAUUAGUGGUGGUGAAGAUGGGAUAUCUUCCAUUUGGGAUUUAUCAACGUUAGUUUGUAAAAUUACAAUCACUAAUAUUGGCGCUUCCAUUACCAAUAUAGAUAUAUCCUCCACCGGUACAAUUUUAGCUAUAUGUACAUCUGAUCUCAAAGUAAAGUUUUAUGAAUUUAAUUCAGGAAAACUUUAUGAUUCAUUGAAAUGUUCAGAUUCGACUGCUUCUUUAUCAUUUGCAUUUUAUCCUGAUAAGUGUUGGUUUGUUUUUUCAGAUAGUGAUGAAAUCUUGAAAAGAAGAUACACUCCUUCACAUUCCAAGACUGAAAUGUCACUUUGGAAAGAGGAGCAAAGAGUGAAGAGAGAAUCAAAUAUGAGAAUAAAAAACCAAGUUUAUGAUAGAAGAGAGAGAGACCAAGAGAAAUCAAAUACUGCAAGAAGAGUACAACCUCAGAAGCGUGAAAGAGGUUGGGAUCGUGACAAAGACAAUAUUGUUAAUAAAAGAGAACGUCUACCUCAAAGAGGUAGUCGGUUUUCAAAUAGACCAUUGAAGCCUAGGAUUUAA